UGCUGCGAGAUGGACGCCAACAUCAAAGAGACGGAAAAGAUCAAGAGGGAGACGCCGACGGGGAUUCUCCGGACCGAGUCGGGGAAGUCCAGACGCGCCUCGGUCGAAUUCAAAUUUCUCAAACAGGCCGAACCAGCGUCGCCUCAACCUUCCGUCGAUCGGUUUUCGGUUACUUUUGCUGAAGAUUCGGUAAAAAGUGACAGUUCCAAGUGUAACUAUUACAGUCCCGGAGCUGGCAGGAUGGAUAAGGUUCAUUUUCCACAAGGCACAGUGGACAUCGAUGAUUCCGACGAAGAAGACUACUCAGCAAGCGUCAACGCCAUAAUCCAAAGACGAGCGUCCACAAGGAAGUCCCGUCGCCGCAGCAGCCGGCGCGCCAGCUCGCCUUUUAGCCCCGACAUUUUAUUAAGCAAUGAGGGUGGCCGCAGACGCUCUUCGGUUUUCACCACUAGUUCCGGAGACACCGCCAUUACAAUGGACGACGGAAUGGAAGCCGUGAGCCAAGAAGAAAUCUUUGAGAACAUCAAACUGCACAAAGAAGUUUUAAGCAACGUGAAAAUGCAACCGUGGAACAUGCGAAAGAAACUGAAACUUGUUGUCCAAGCCAAAGCAUACAUUAAGCAACACGAGGGCGCCUUGCAGGAACGACUGGCGCAAAGUCGAUCGACGAGGGAUAUGUUGGCGAGGUGGAACAUUUAUCUUAUCAAAAAGUGGCAACAUUACCGCCGCGAGUUAUCCAAUUUGUCCAAUUGGCUGGUGCCUUGGGAAAGGAAGAUAAAAGAGAUUGAGUCGCAUUUUGGAUCGGUGGUGGCGUCUUAUUUUCUUUUUCUGAGAUGGUUGUUUUGGGUCAACGUCGUGUUGGGAAUUGUGUUAAUUUCUUUCGUCGCAGUGCCAGAGAUGUUAACAGCAGCGCCCGACGUUCGCAAACAAAUUCUCAAGGAAGAGCGCUACAACUCAACCAACUUUCAAACUUUGUGGGACUUUGGGGGCGUUUUCAAAUACUCGCCGUUAUUCUACGGCUGGUACACGUACAAAGAAUCGAAAAAGAGCGGCUAUCGGAUGCCUUUUGCUUAUUUCAUAACUGGCCUGGUGGCCUACGCUUACAGCUUCUUCGCAACUUUGCGAAAGAUGGCGGAAAACUCUCGUAUGUCUAAGCUUUCAGAAAAGGAUGAUGAAUGCAUUUUUUCGUGGAAACUCUUCACGGCGUGGGAUUACAUGAUUGGGAACGCGGAAACGGCGCAUAAUAGAAUAGCCUCGAUUGUCGUCGGAUUUAAGGAAGCUUUGCUCGAAGAAGCCGAGAAGAAGAGGGAGGCAAGAAAUUGGAAGAUCACAGGAUUUAGGAUACUCGUGAAUACGGUAGUGUUGGGGCUGUUAUUCUUCUCGGCGUUUGCCGUCGUUUUGGUUGUGAAAAGAUCUACGGAACCGGAAGCUAGGAGUAGUGUUUGGAGGAGUAACGAAAUCACUUUUGUUAUGACCUUUAUCUCUAUAUCUUUCCCUAUGAUAUUUGAAGGGUUGGGAUUUCUUGAACAAUACCAUCCUAGAAAACAACUGCGAUUACAGCUCGCAAGGAUCAUGGUGCUAAACCUUCUCAACUUGUACUCUUUGAUAUUCGCUCUGUUCGAUAAAAUCAACGAUAUGACGCCAGAACUGGAAAGCUUCAAGAGAAAUUUAACAAGAGCCAAUACUAGUGUGUUAGCUUAUUCAGCAGGAAUGCAAUGUUACAAUAGCUGCAAUUCCGAAACGGAUAUUCUUAAAACCUUCAGUUUAAUAGCGGCCGUUGCUACCAAUGUUUCAUUUACAAUGUAUCCAAUUAUGCAAAAAGCAGUGAAAGACUCAACCACGGAACUUGAUAAAGAAACCAUAGACGCGGAAUUUACAAUAAGCGAUAUUCCCGGAAUGUAUACAAAUCCGGUUGAUUUUUCACAAAAUUACGCAACUGAAAUGUCUGAAAAUUUUACGUUUUCGAAUACCGGGAUUGAUGACUCAACAAAUGUCUCAGACUUGAUGACAAGUGCUUUGACUAGUGAUAGUACCGAAGAAAGUACUUUCUCUAGCCUCGACGUGAUACAAUCAACAGAAGUAACGAAAACAUCAGAAACUAAUAAAACCUCAGAUGUACCAAAAAUACAAGGAAGUGCUGUUAAAAAAAGGAACUGUAUAGAAAUUUGUGAGAAUUUUACAGUGACUCCUUCAACGAUUAUAGAUGAGAGUAGUCUAAACUAUAGCACGAGACGUCGAUUGAGGAAUCUAUGUUGGGAGACAAACUUUGGUCAAGAGUUAAUCAAACUAACAGUCAUGGAUCUCGUAAUGACGAUACUUUCGACCUUAGCUAUGGAUUUCAUCCGAGGAAUUUUUGUCCGUUUUAUGAACCGCUGUUGGUGUUGGAACCUCGAAAAAGUGUUUCCUCAAUAUGGAGAUUUCAAAGUCGCCGAGAAUAUUCUUCAUUUGGUCAAUAACCAAGGAAUGGUUUGGAUGGGAAUGUUUUUUUCACCCGGUUUAGUCGUCCUAAACAUUUUCAAACUUUUCGUUUUAAUGUACUUCCGUACUUGGAUCGUUUUAACUUGCAAUGUCCCUCAUGAAAUUAUCUUUAGAGCUUCAAGAUCUAACAACUUUUAUUACGCACUUUUACUCAUGAUGCUUUUUUUGUGUGUUUUGCCGGUGGGGUACGCAAUUGUGCAAAUACCGCCGUCUUGGAAUUGUGGUCCAUUUUCAAAUUAUCAAAGAAUUUUUCAUAUUUUGACCAAGACUAUUAAACGAAACGUACCUCAAAUUGUAGAGCAGGUUUUAGAUUAUAUUGCAUCACCUGCAAUUGUAAUACCAAUUCUUCUGUUAUUGGUGUUAAUUAUUUAUUAUUUGGUGUCUUUGACGAGUGCACUUAGAGAAGCAAACAAUGAUUUGAAGAUCCAACUUAGAAGAGAACGCACAGAAGAACGGCGAAAAAUGUUCCAAAUUGCUGAUAGGAGAAGAAAAGGAAAAUCUGGUGGUUCUGGAGAAUUUUCCAAUACUCCAUUUGCCAAAUGGAGGAAACUAGUUUCAACAAUGCCAAGUACUGGAAAAAGUUUUGAUGACACUUCACCGAGGCAAGACACUAACCAGUCUCACCAAAUCAAAGAAGAUAAAGUAGAAAUUGGAAAAAAUAAAGAUUUUUUCUCAAAAUUUAUUAAAAAAGCAUUAGGCAAAACUUCGUCAAUGUCAGAAAACGAAAAUCGUGACAAUGAAAAUCUUGACGAAGGCACAGAUACAGAACAACACGAAUCAUUACCUGAAGAUUUAGUCAGCAUCAAAGACAGCAAACCUCAACCGCCAUCAAGAUUAUCAAUUUCUUCAAAUAGUUUUGAUUAUCAAAAAGGCUUGUUACAAAAGCAGAGUAGUCUUAAGAGUGUGAGUGGAAGUAUUCAACAUAAAAAACAAUUUCGUCAAGAUUCAUCAUCCUCUAACUGGUCUGAUAACAUUCCUGUAAUCACAAUAAGCAAAACUGAAAGUGCUGAAUUUCUUGAUGUCGUACCAGAAAUGACUAAAACUAAAACGGAAAAAACACCAGAGAGGAAGGAAGUGAUGGAAGAAGAAAUCGUAAAGGAGACGGCACCAGACGCGGCAUGUGAAUUUAGAUUUAAACCUAAAAUUAAAUGCGCGUUGAAGAAACAAUCUACGGAAAUAGAUGAAGAAGUAAUUCGUUAUUUUAGUAAGGAUUUGGAACUGAAACCGGAGAAAGACGCUGGACCACCGUCUGAAUCUUCCGAAGAUACAGCGCGUGACAGCAGUCUUGAUACAGUUCUGGCGGUAAAAAAUGAAGAGCUUGAAGAAGAAAAAAAUGAAGCUCCGAAAGCUAAACCUGAAGUUGCAUCACCUAACGAGAGUACAACUGAAUCCAGUGCUGAAUAUAAUGAAAACAUGACUUCUUUCUAAAAAAUAUUCCAUACCCUCUUACAAGUUUAAAUAAUUAUUUAUAAAUGUCAAACUGUGUUUUAUUUUAAUGAGGCUAUCUAAUUUGAGUUUUAUCGAUGUUUCAACAUUUUAUUUAAACAGACCA